AUGGAUACUUUUGAUACAGAAAAGUUCAUACAGGAAAUAGAAAGUCAUCCGCUAAUUUGGGAUAGUAGUUCAGACGAAUACUCGAAUAAAGAACUGAAGAAACAAAGCUGGGAUGACAUUGUCGAUACUUUUGGUGGUAAAUGUUUGUCGGCGACCGAGAGAAGGGAUGUCGAACUUACGUUGCAGAAGAAAUGGAAAUGUAUUAGAAACUGUUUCACAAGAGAGUUGAGAAGACAAGAGAGGUUAAACGCAGGCGUCGAUCCAGGACCUAGAAAAUCUGAGUAUACAUACUUCCAACAUUUACAGUUUCUACGUAAAGUUGUUUCUUUGAGAGAGUCAGAGGUCCCAGAUUAUAUUUACUAUGACCCUCCAGAAGUAAACAUAGUUAAAAAUGAAAAUUCUGAUAACAUUGUUGAAGAUGAUGACCCCUUAAGAUUAAAUUUUGCACACAAAAGACCAAAGUAUGAUAAUUCAGCAGAAGAUGAGGAUAAAAUGUUUUUACUAUCCAUGUUAAGUACGUUAAGAACGAUUCCCAUAAAGAAAAAACUCUCAACAAAAAUAAAGUUGUUGCAAGUGUUAGACGAAGCGACUAAAGAUUUAGAUGAA